CGCAAUACUAGAGAACAGAGAAAAACGACACUGCCCCACGUUGCUCCCCUGUAGCACUGUCUAAACCAAACAUCUCCAAAAUUCGAAAUCCCUAUUCCAGAUCUCUCUCUCUCUCUCUCUCUCAGAUUUACUCACCUGCACCGGUAUCGGGAAGUCACUUUAUAUCACCGGAAACUGCUCCUCUUUUCAGUUCUUGGCGACUCCGUAAGCGAUCUUGUCGAAAUGAGUACCGGAGAGCUUCUCAGCAUCGAACCUCAGGAGCUUCAGUUUCCAUUUGAAUUGAAGAAGCAGAUCUCGUGUUCUCUGCAAUUAACAAACAAGACCGGUAAACAUGUAGUAUUCAAGGUUAAGACGACGAAUCCAAAGAAGUAUUGUGUUCGGCCUAACACCGGAAUCGUGUCGCCGCAGUCUACAUGUGACGUGAUAGUUACAAUGCAAGCGCAAAAGGAGGCUCCUCCUGACAUGCAAUGCAAGGACAAAUUCUUACUUCAAAGCGUAGUUGCAAAUCCAGGAGCUAAUGCAAAGGAUAUCACUCCUGAGAUGUUUAAUAAGGAGUCCGGGAAUCAAGUUGAGGAGUGCAAGUUGAGAGUGGCUUAUGUGCCUCCGCCACAGCCACCUUCACCAGUGCGAGAAGGAUCAGAGGAAGGUUCUUCACCAAGGGCUUCAGUAUCUGACAAUGGGAAUGUAAAUACAGCUGAAUAUACUGCUGCGUCAAGAGCAUUUGUUGAAAAGUCAAACGCUGAGCCUCAGGACAAUUCAUCGGAGGUCAAUACUCUUAUUUCUAAACUGACUCAGGAGAAAAAUUCUGUAAUUCAGCAAAAUAACAAGCUUCAGCAGGAAUUGGAGCUCUUGAGACGCGAAGGCAACAAAAGCCGUGGUGGUAUUCCGUUCCUUUAUGUGAUUAUUGUUGGCAUCAUUGGCAUCCUUUUGGGGUACCUUCUCAAGAGAACAUGACCUCGCCACAAACCCUACUCCCUACGAUUAUCUGUUGUCAUGCCUUGUCUGGAUGAUCGAGAACAACAUUGCAGAAGAAGACCAAUGUGUGAUCAAUAGGACGAAGCUUUGUAUUGCAUUAGCUGUGUCAUGUAAUUGAUUAUAGGAAUGUGACCAAAACAGGUUUUGAUAGGUUUUGUGAUCCCCCUUGGCAAGACUGUAAAAGCAUUAGUUGUGUGGCUAGCUGCUCUCUUAACAAGCUUCUUUUGGUAACUUAACAAGGUUCACCAUAAUGUACUCUUGACUUCCCUCUCGGUUUGUUCUAUGAUCUGUGUUGCGGCUGUUGCUGUUAUAUAUCGUUCUCAAAUGCUUUUGAGUUCCCA